AUGUCUCCACAGCUAUGCUGGCCUGGCACAUCGGUCGAUGGGCUCAAGGAGCGCCAGAGCUGGAGGGAGGAUGCAAGCAUCAUGGAGGUGGUGCAAUGCAGGACCUUUGAGCAGGGGAACGCUUGGCUGCAGGAGUGGAUCCAGGAGGAGCUGUCCCAGGGGGAGUCCUGGCAGAGGCAGUACGAGGCGCUGCUGGAGCGUCAGACCGGGCUCUGCUCUUCGCUGCAGGCCAAGAGUCUGACAUCUCUGGAGCAGAAGAACCGGGCACGGCAGAAGGAGCUGGAGGAAUCGCAGGAGGCCCUGCAGGAGUGUCGCAGCCGGAGGUGCCAGCACCGUCUGCACGUCCACAAGCAAGAAAAGGAAAACCAGAGAAUGGCUGAGAGCGUAACAGAACUGGAAAAGAAGGUCUCCAAGCAGCGGCGGAAGCAGGAGUCCGGCAAGGACCUGCUGGAGGAGAUGAGAACGGAAGGCAGCAGGCUGAAGAGGCACCUGUCUACCUGGGAAGCCGAGUGCGAGGCAGAGAACGAGAGGAUCAGAGAGGAGCUGCACAGAAACAAAACUCUCUUGGAAGACGGUGUGAUGGAAGCUCAGCUGGAAGCCGAUAUAUGCCUCCCGGGGCGGGCCCUCUGGACUGCCUGGCGCCUGCUCUGGGCAUUAGCCAAAGCUCUGUUGCUGCUUCUCUUCUUGACGGUGGUCUUCCAUGGCUUCGGCUUCUCCGGCUGGCCGUGUCCUGGCCCCAACUCCGCUCCCUUGCUCUACAUCCAGCCCAAAGCUCCGUCGGCGGCCAGGCGGCACCUGCGGUCCCGGAGCCCGCGAAGGCGCGCCCAGCCCGGCCGGCCGCGCUCUCCGCCCUGCGCCCUGGGCGCAGCGCAAGGAGGGCAGCGCUUGCCUGCCUGCCAGCCAGCCAGCCCACCCACCCCUCCGGCCGGCUCAGGCACCCGAUCGCCGCUUCCCUUCGGGUCGGAGGCAAUGCCCGGGCCGCCUGCCAGCCCGCCAGCCCGCCCCACCACCCCCGGGGCCAUGCUGCGCCUGCUGCUCCUGUGCGCCGCCCUGGCCGCCCGCCCUGCCCAGGGGGGCAUCUCCUGCUACGACGACGCCGGGCAGCCCGUGGACUGGUUUAUUGUCUACAAGCUGCCGAAAUCCCACCACAGGGGGCCGGCAGAGGGCAUGCGCUACAUGUACCUCGACGGGCACACGCAGGGCUGGGCGGAAGGCCGGAGUCUGAUGAACACCACUGAGGGGGCCGUGGGCCGGACUCUGCAGCAGCUGUACUCAGAAGCCCCACGGAGGCAGGAGAAGGAAAGCGCCUACGUCCUGUACAACGAUGAGCCACCAAGAGAAUCUACUUUCAGCAAAGGUCACACCAAAGGAGUCAUCCUUCUGGACGGUACCCAGGGAUUCUGGCUGCUCCACAGCACCCCGCACUUUCCAGACCUCCAGACGAACUACAGCUGGCCCAGAAGUGCCCUGCUCAACGGACAGUCCUUCCUGUGUGUGACCUUCCCCUACCAUCAGUUUAAAGAGAUCGGGAGACAGCUGCUCUUCACAGAUCCUCUUGUUUAUGAUUAUCGGGUGGACGGGACCUUUGCCCAAGAUCUGCCCGCCUUGCUGAAUGCUUCCAAGGGGUGCCAUGUCCAGCAGGAGCCCUGGAACUCCAGCGUGGCCCUGACAUCACUGGAGGGCAAGGAAUUCGUCAGCUUUGCCAAGUUCGACCUCUUUGGCGACGAUCUGUACUCUGGCUGGCUGGCCCAGGCUCUUGCGAGCGACCUCUACGUCGAGUUCUGGCACAGAUCCCGAGGGAUCCUGCCCUCCAACUGUUCCGGGCCCUUCCGGGUCUACAAUGUGGAGGCUGUGGCCUUCCCAGAGCCGGGGCCCACCUUCUCCACCAUGGUGGACCACUCCAAGUGGUGCGUGGCGACCAAGAGCGACCCCGGCUGGACCUGCGUCGGGGACAUGAAUCGCAAUCAUGCGGAGGAAUGGCGGGGGGGAGGCACCCUGUGCUGCCAGGACCCAGCCGUCUGGAAGGCCUUCUAUGCCUUGGUGCACAAAUACGCAGAUUGCAGAGGGGCAGGGGAGGCCCCAUGGGAGGGGUAG